AUGCCUCCUAGCACCAGACGUUUGAGCCGCAAGUCACGUCCUCUCGAAGCCCCUCACAACAACGCAAGCACCGUACUCAGCAAGCCAUUCCCUUUUCUCGACCUUCCUGAUCCAGUUCGACAACGCAUCUAUGAGCUUCAACUCGAAUCACAGCGUGGUUUCGUCCGCUUCUAUAGCAAGGCAGGGCCACAACGUUGCAAAGUGACUCCUGCCAAGCUCAAGCUCAACAUCAUGCUCACCUGCCGUCAAAUAUACCAGGAAGCUAUGCCCGUACUCUAUCGUGUCAACAACUUCUGCAUGAUUCCCAUCACCACCGAGCCUGAGCAGGACACAUGGUCUGAGGAAGACCUUUUUACUCUCCAGAACGACAAGUGGAUCCGCUGCAUGCCUCUCAAAGGACGAAAUCUUAUCAGGACACUUGAAUUGUCCAUACCUCUUCCACCAAAAUCCGAUAGCCAUUAUGAUUACAAGAACAUGCGCGAUCUAUUUCCUGGUCUGAAGAGUUUGACACUAUUUUUGGACUUCGCCGGUCAGUCUUACUAUGGCUGGUGGUCUUUGCCAGAGCCCGAAGAGUACCGAUCUUUCUAUCAAAAACUCAAAGAACAUAUGCCACAAGCGAGAGAUGUCUUUCUGGAUGCAAGAAUGCUCGAAGCUCCAGAAUGGCAUCAACUCAUCGAAACCGUCUUACAAGUGUGGAACGCCGCUCCAGGCAGAAGUGCCUUCAUCACGCAAGAUCUGCACCAUGCAGCUCUGUACGACACCUACAAGAAGACCUUGGAAAAGGCACUGGUCGACAGACUUGGCCAGAGAGGCAUGAACUAUCAGCGUCUCAGCUACUGGGACAUCCGAGUAAACCAAGUCAACAAUCGAGAGGAUUACCCAACUGACGAUGACACCGACGACGAGAUUGAGUGCUUCGAUAAGUUCGAUGCUGAGAAGAUUGUCACGAGGACAAAGAAGCACUUUGACAAUCUGGAACAUGGCCAAUUCUGGUCUAUGCCCGAUCAACCAGAAGAAGAUACACACGACUGGUCUUAUACUGAUGAUUGGUCGUAUUGGUAG